AACUGUGCCUAUUCUUCACUACCGUGGUUGAUGUCGAGUCACUUCCCUUUGCCUAGAAGCAGAAGUAUUGUGCUGAGGUUCAAAUGAAGCUUGAUUUUCUCGUCUACAAAGGGAGUCGAUUAAGACGUGGAGGGGCCACGUUGUGGGUUAUGAAUCGGCCGAUCGGACCUAAUUGAUGAAGCCAUAUGUACUAGGUAGGUAGUCCGAUUGACUUUUGAAUCAGGUGACUGUCCCACAACUCAAUUCACUGCGAUGGCAGUCACUGCACAACAAUAUCUUGUCCCAAGGAAAGCCCGGGACGGCCUCUUUUGCCUCACGCUCCUUCCUCUUAUUUUAAACUCCACCGUUUCUUACAUCUCUAUCAUCCUAGUGGCGCCCCAUUUCAUCAGACCCCGAGCUUUCCUCCCCGCUUCGCCAUCAUGUCUUUCCUUGCUUGGAACCAGGGUCGACGCAGCUGGGGAACAAGGGCCUCAGAUUUUAAGACGAGUGUCGGUCGUCGUGUCGCGAAAUCUAAAAGAGGGCAAAAAGCCAAGCCUAUUACACAUGCCAAGCCUGUGACACAAGCCAAUCAGGGAUGCAAGAGGCGACUUGCUGAAGACGUUGAUGGAUAUUCGCAAUUCAUUGAGCUCGUCACAACCUAUAGCUCGGAUUCGGAAGUUGAUUCGGACAACGAAUUGGAUCCAAACUUGGGAUUUAACCUGGACCCAAACUUGGAAUAUGAUUUGAACGACGACAUGGACGAAGACUUGGAAUUUGAUUCAGAUGAUGACGUGGACAAGGAGUCGGAAUUCGAUUUGGAAAAAGAUGAUGCUGUAGAAACUACCAAGCAACAUAUGACAUUGACUCUGGAGCUUGCUCAAGAGAUGAUCGACGACAUGUGUACGGCGUGCGGACCCCCGCCAACCCUUGAUUCAGUCCCAGGACCUCUCCGAGGAAACAUUGACCGACACGACAAAUGGUACGUGGAGAUCUUCAAUCGAAUCUUCGAGGAGAUAACCCGCUAUUCCGAGGAGACGAUUGAAGAGUCUCCAUUUCGACUCAACAACUUUCGAUGGCUUUCUGCAAAUGCAGACGACACUAGUCGAGAAGCCGUCCUCAAGGUUCUCCUGCAUCCCCACGUGCGGUCUUUUCGUACUCGAAAUGCGCUGGGGAAAACUAACUGGGAUACGUUGCACAGCGCUUUGGAAUCAUUUCCUCUUAUGGGGGAUCAUUCUCAAAUUCCGGCUGUCAUUGGAACGUACACUCUGCUUGGAAAGUGUCGUCAGGGAGGAGCUCUCAGCCGCGAUAUGGCGUACGUCGGUCAAGCAGCUUCGCUGACUGCGGCCAUCAAUUCCUCAAAACUAUGGCUCGGGGUUCAAAGGCGUGCUCUGGAUCAUCAGAUUCACAUCUCCCGCAUCAAAUCAAUCCGAAAAAUAAAAGGCCGCUCUCGGAAAUCCAAAAAUGAAGAGCGAUAUCUAUGGGUACACCGCCGAAUAUCGCACAAUGACAUUACGGAAGUUUCAUUAGCAUUAUUGACUGUCUUACCAUUUCCGAGGUGUUACAUGCAUCAGGGGUCACUCCAAUUACCCUUUCUUCUGACCUCGGCAGAGACCAUAGACAUGAUAUAUCUCGGUACGAUUGCCCAAUUCCUGGACGAUGGAUCAGCUAGAAAGUUUGGAGCGCUACACGGACACAGACUCAGACCGGACCAGAUGCCUCGGUCACCUUUCGACGGCCUCAACCGAGCCAUCCCAAUCAAACAGCCACAGCAGGGGUUCGGGGCCUUGAUGAUAAGAGUCUUAUGGAGCCCUGAGGAUGUUGCUAAAUUUAUCGAUAUCUUUGCGCAACAUCAUACAUCCCUUUACAGCCAUACUCGCCCACGGGGCAUUGAUUGGCGUCAGCUUCUCAGUCUUUUGGAGCAACAAGGAGUCAAUAUGACAAAGAAACAUGCGACACGUCUCCAUUUUCAGUUAAGCCAACAUCCAGAUUCUGGGUUAAUCACUUUCAGUACAAGCAGGUGGCAACAGCGCUGAAAGCGGAUUCUCGAGAUAAAAGAGUUUUUAGAACAGAAGGACCUUAUCGAGCAACCAAAGAGCGAUGAUGAUUUAUAUUAUCAUGUGCCAGCUCUUGAAGGCCAGCUUAUUCACCAUGGCACCAUCCUCCAGUUUCUCAAGCAAGCUGGAUUCAGCCUACCUACUCGAUGUCGGGACCUAGAAUCUGUUCUACCGUUCUUACCCUCUCUACUACACAGAGAGGUCUGGAACAAAAUUACAUCAACACCACCUGAUUUUGUCAAAUUCACCUCUG